GCUACGGCCGGUUUCGAUGACACUUAAAAUGAUAACCUCAUGCACCGAACCUACCGCUAGAGGGACAGGGAGCAGCAGUAUAUAAGAACGCCAGCCCCGUCGGCAUCUCACGCGCAGACGUGAGCGAUCCGGAGGCGCACAUCUCCGCAAAGCCGCAGCUCCAACGGCCGCGCCGCCGCCGCCAUGUCGAUCCAACUAUCGCCCGUCCCGCCGCCGCCGCCGCCCCGGGCCCCGUCCCCCGACGUCGUGGUAAUGGUGGACCAGAACCAUGACCAGGACGAGGACCAGGAGCGAGGCCAGGAUCAUGACGCGGGUCAUCUGGUCCCCGUGCUGCCGCCGACCGACGGGGGUGCCGGCGCGUGGAAAUACCUGGCGGGAUGCUUUCUCGUCGAGGGCCUCCUCUGGGGCUUCCCCCUCGCGUUCGGCGUCUUCCAGGAGCACUACGCGCGGCAGCCCGAGUUCGCGGGCGACGACGGCAGCAUCGCCGCCAUCGGCACCGUCGCCACGAGCAUCUACUUCCUCGGUGCGCCCAUCGCCGCGCCUCUCGUGCGCCGCUUCCAGUGGUGGCAGCGGUACAUGCUGGCCACGGGAUGGGGGCUGUGCGCGCUCUCGCUGCUCGCCGCCUCGGCCGUCGGGUCGGUGGGCGGGCUCGUCGCCACGCAGGGCGUCCUCUACGGGCUCGGCUUCCUGAUGCUCUACUUCCCCGUGCUGGGCAUGCUCAACGAGUGGUUCGUCCACCGGCGGGGGCUCGCGUACGGGGUGCUCUACGCGGGAGGGGGCGUCGCCGGCGCGGCCCUGCCCUUUGCGCUCGAGCGGCUGCUCGCCCUCCACGGCCACCGCGUGACGCUCCGCGCCGUGGCCCUCGCGCAGCUCGCGGGCCUCGUCCCGGGCUUGCUGCUGCUGCGCCCGCGGCUGCCCCCCGCGGGCACGGCGGCGCUGCGGGCCGUCGACGUGGCGUUCCUGCGGCGCCCGCUCUUCUGGGCGUUUGCGGCGAGCAACUUUUGCCAGGGGCUGGGGUACUUUAUCCCCUCGCUGUGGCUGCCGACGUUUGCGACGACGGGCAUGGGGCUUUCGGGGUCCGCCGGCGCGCUGCUCCUCGCCGUGAAUAACCUCGCGUGCGUCGUCGGGCAGCUCGCCUUUGGGCACCUGACGGACCGGCGCGGGAUCAGCAUCCACGUGCUCGUGUCGGCGACGACCUUUGUGGCCGGCGUCGCGACACUGACGCUCUGGGGACUGGCGCGCUCUCCCGCGACGCUGCUCGCGUUUAGCGGCGUCUACGGCGCCUUCGCGGGCGCGUACAUUGUCUUCUGGCCCAAGUUCGGCUCCCUGCUGAGCGAGGACCCGCAGACCGUCUACAGCCUCAUGGCGUUUGGCAAGGGCAUCGGCAACGUUGUGACGGGGCCCGUGUCGGCCGGCCUGGUGCGCGGGCAGGUGACGCCCGGCGGGUACGGGUUGGGCCGCUUCGGCGGUCUCGUGGUGUUUGUGGGGAGCCUGAUGCUGCUGUCGAGCCUCGAGGGGGUGUGGCUGCCGGCGCGGCACCUGAUGACGCGACGCGGGGGGCUGCGGUUCGGCUGAAGCCGGGGAGGGGAGGCGUGCAUGAGCU